AUGACCGGGGCAUGCUCGAAAUUCCGCCGGGACCCUCUUUACAUGCACCCCACUGUACGAUUGGCGACAGGGGAGCGGAGGACUCCAACACCGGAGGCGGAGCAACCUCGCGGCUGGGCUCAUAAGAGGCCAUGCCUGGACGACGACACCAAAGACCACGAUGCAAGGAAUGGAAUGAAAAAAAAACCAUUCGCAUGGGAUGCACACCAAGCGAACGGUGAAGGAAGCACGAGAGUGUUAGCGGUAGUGAUGGGUCCGCCUGUCACUCGUUCGCGCACUCUGUCUUCUGAUGUUAGGGCUAUUGCCCCGAUGUCGAGUUUAGAUGCUAGAGCUCUUGCCCCGAUGCACGGAUCUUUUAUGACGAACGCCAAUGGGCAGCCCGUCCGUGCUUUGCAGGAACUCAACGGCGAUGCCAACGUACACGGGAGCGACGGGAAGACGCUCCGAGAUGAAACUGCCCUGGCAAUUACGGAAGUAUGGAGCGAUGCCAGAAGGAAGCUGCGUCGUCAACUGCAACAAGACCGCGAUAACGAGUGGACGUCAAGAGCGAUGGAGUUUGAAAAGGCGUGGGAGGACAAGAACCCGCGGAAAGCCUACGCUGUACUAAAACAGUAUAGCGGCGAAAUGAAAAGAUGUUCUCCUGUCCUCAACACUACCAAUGGAGUAACUGUCGGUGAAGCAACCCUUCCAAUUUGGAGGGAACACUUCAAGACCUUGCUGAACUGGCAAACGCAGUCAGCCCUUGAACUCAAACACGCUCAUAGACCGACAUGUGUGGUUAACGAGGGGCCACCGACCGAGUCGGAGGUUCUAGUCUGUAUUCAAGAAAUGAAGUAUGAAAAAUCUGGUGGAGACAACGGGAUUAACGCAGAAAUGCUAAAAUAUCUGCUUCCGUCUGGGAUUCGUGAGAUGACAAAGAUCAUCCACUCAAUAUUUACAGACGAAAGGAUAUCUGACUCGUGGAGACACGCUAUCAUAAUUUCCCUCCACAAGAAGUUAUCCGUGACGUCCCCUAGGAACUAUCGAGGAAUCUCUUUGCUGCGUGUUAUGUACAAGGUUUUGAAGCGAAUUAUCCUGGACCGUCUUAUCAAACAUUGCGAAGAAACCACGCGCGACGAGCAAGCUGGUUUACAGCGGUAUUCGAAGCUAACGAAACUGGCGUUUCUGGACUGUGAAGUCGCUUUCAACUCUUCUCAUCGAGGCGGUCUUCUCAACGCGCUCCGCGCCGAUGGAGUACCAAUAACAGAGAUGUAUAUCAGCAAGCGACCUCCAUCUGUAGGACGAGACUACUAUCAUGAGCCUCCACAACGACUCACCGCCUCACAGUGGCAUGGAGGUGAUUCUGGACGUCGAACUGCAUGCACAGCCGAGGAACCUACUCUGGCAGGGUCUCCCAUGAAGGAGUGCGACACCUCAGACAUUCGUCGUUCUCGGAAUCGGAAGCCUAGCUGA